UCGCAGCGCGUCCAGAAACACCCGGCGACGUACCAGUGCUCCCUCUGCCCGAAGCGGUUCACCCGCGCCUACAACCUCCGCUCCCACCUGCGCACCCACACCGACGAGCGCCCCUUCGUCUGCACCGUCUGCGGCAAGGCCUUCGCCCGCCAGCACGACCGCAAACGCCACGAGGGCCUGCACAGCGGCGAGAAGAAGUUCGUCUGCCGGGGCCAGCUCCAGACCGGCAACCCGUGGGGCUGCAACCGGCGCUUCGCCCGCGCCGACGCCCUCGGCCGCCACUUCCGCUCCGAGGCCGGCCGCGUCUGCAUCAAACCGCUGCUCGACGAGGAGGCCGCCGAGCGCCGCGCC